AGGAAUUAUGACACUGAGCCGUGGCCCGUACAGCGAGCUCGAUAAAAUGAGCCUUUUUCAGGACCUAAAAUUGAAACGACGAAAAAUCGAUUCAAGAUGCAGCAGUGAUGGCGAAUCAGUAGCCGAUACCUCCACCUCCUCGCCCGAUCUACUCGCACCGAUGUCACCAAAAAUGUGCGAUACCGGCGGUGCCGGUGCUGGCGGUGGCGGCGGCGGUCAUGGAGGUGGCGUCGUCGGCGGCGGUGCACUCUCCGUCGUCACCUUGACCGCCACCUCCACCAUUGCGCCCGCCACCGCCUGCUCGACCAGCAGCAGCGGCAUGCCAACUGCCACCAGCAGCAAUAUCGGUCACAAUGUGUGUGCGCCCAUGCCUCCAAGCGCCGCCACCACAACGGUAGUUGUGUCCGCUAGCAAGGCAGCAGCUGUGAAAGCUGAACAAAAACAUCAGCAGCAACAGCAACAGCAGCAGCAACAACAACAACAACAGACUGAAAUUCACUCGUCCAGCGGCACUGUUAGCGCAGCGGCCGCCUCGUCUGUGAUGUCACCGCCACUAACCACAACUAUGCGCAUGUCACCUGCGCCCGCGACUGAUCUGAGCUUGCCAGCAGGCCGUCGUACGCCUAGCAAUGUCACUACGCCUACGCGAACUACGCCAACACCACCGCAUAAUAAUGGCAAUGCGAGCAGCAGUUGUGGCACAAGUAAUAAUGGUGGUAGUAGUCGCGCCUCGCCAGACUCCAUGGAUGAGCGGCCCUCCACGACCACAACAACAACAACGGGCGGCACGCAGCUUUCCACAAAUGGAAUGCAUGUAGCUGGCAGCGGUGGUGCAGGCGGCGAUUGCAUGCAGGGAUCUGCGGGCGCCGAGUGUGGAGUUAGCAAUUUAAGUGUCAUACGCUCAGUAAAGGAAGAGCGCAUAGCUGCCUCGCCCACGAAAAUGCUAUCCUACCAGCAGCACCAGCAUCAUCAGCAGCAGCAACAGCAAAUGCAAUAUCAGCAGCACGCGCAGUCCGCGCCAACACCAACUCAAUCCAAAGGUCUCACGCAGUCGCAGCAGCAUGUCACAGUGCUGGUGACGCCGUCACGUAUUAAGUCUGAAUCAGCGUCGCAGCAGCAUCAUACGCCGCAAAUGCCGCCAACUUCAUUGCAACAUCUGACACACCACCACCCAGCCUUCUCUACGUCUGUGGCCACUGCGUCCGCCUCAGCCACAUCAUCCUCCUCCUCCGCCGCGACGGUGACUACAACUAGCAGCGCUAGCACAUCGUCACUACACGCUAGCUCGCCAUCGCCCACGCCAUUACCAACAUCCGCGGCGGCAACGUUGCAUCACCAACAUCUACAUCACCCGCCGCCGCCAAUCGUGCAGACCCAUCACCUGCACCAACAGCUCACACAACCGCAGCUGCGGAAGAGCAGUCCGCCAACAGGUAUGAGUUUACCGCAGCAGCACCUGCUCAACCAAUCCAUGCAGCACUUGACGCAACAGCAGCAAUUCCAGCUGCUGCAGCAAGCAGCCGCGAUGUCGCAGCGUCCAACGCAAAUGUCGCCUAACGCUAUGAGUUCAUCGCCUGGCGCGCGACAUCAGUCAUCGCCACACCAGCAUCUCAUGCAGCAGCACCAACAACAACAACAGCAACAGCAGCAUCAACAUGCUCGCAUCAAGAAGGAGCCCGCGCAACUGCUAGCCGCCGCCGCCGCCGCAGGCAGCUUGUUGGGUAACAGCGGCGUCGGGCAACGCCACUUACACUCACCACAUCACCACCACCCUUCAUCGCCGCAGCACCAACAACAACAAUCAGCGCCGCAGUUGCCGCCACAGACGCUGGGUAAUAUCGCACAGCUGAUACAUCCAGCCUCACUACAGUCGCUACGCCAUCCCAGUCGAGAUGCCGGUAUACUUUUUCGCGUGAAGAACGAGGUGCACCAGCAGGUGGCCGCUGCGCAGCUCAUGCAGCCAGGUGCUGCUGCCGCCGCCGCCGCGGCUGCACAACGCAUGGUUUGGGUAUCGAACGCGCGCAUAAACGGCGUCAAACCGGAGGUAAUAGGAGGACCGUUGGGUAAUCUGCGGCCUGGUGGACCCGCGCAAUCACCUUCGCCACAUCACUCUUCAUCCUCGUCGUCAUCACAGCUGUCACCACAGACGCCUUCGCAAACACCGCCACGCGGAACUCCGACCGUCAUCAUGGGUGAAAGUUGUGGCGUACGCACUAUGGUUUGGGGCUACGAGCCGGCACCCCCCACAGCAGGUCCAUCACCUACACAUGGCGGCAGCAGUAGCAAUAGUGGUUCGAGUGGUAUGCAUCAAACACCGCCUUCGACGCCAUUGCAUCAACAUGGGCAACCACUGUUGCAGCAACAUCCGCCAUCCUCUAUGUCUUCGCUCUCCCAACAGUCGCAUCACUCAUCACAGUCAUCACUGCAGUCUGCGUCAUCGCCCUCGGCGGGCUCUCUUACACCGACACACACGCCUGGUCCUUCGCUGCAAAACAACGAAGAAGCGGCGCAGCUAUUGCUCUCGCUCGGCCAGACCCGCAUACAAGAUGUGCGACCACGCCCUCACCAAUUUCGCACGCCACAUGCGCUCAAUAUGGAGCGGCUGUGGGCGGGCGAUUACUCGCAAUUGCCGCCUGGACAAAUUCACGCACUAAAUUUGAGCGCGCAACAGCAGUGGGGUAGCUCAAAUGCGACGGGUCUGAGUCGAGGCUUAGAUGCGCCACAUGAGCCCACAGAUGAGGAUGAUCAGCCGUUAGUGUGUAUGAUUUGCGAGGAUAAAGCGACU